GCCUCCGCCCCGCGCGCUGCUGCCUGGGCCGCCGCCGCCGCCGCAACUUUCCCCCCACCCCCCCGGGCUAGUGUGUGAUGUUGGACAUGGGAGAUAGGAAGGAAGUGAAAAUGCUGCCGAAAUCCUCCUUCAGCAUAAACAGCCUGGUGCCCGAAGCCGUCCAGAGCGACAACCACCCCACCAGCCACCCCCACCACCACCCCCACCACCAUCACCAUCACCACCACCACCACCACCCGCAGCAGCAGCAGCAGCCCCAGCGAGCUGCCCCGGCCGAGGAGGAGGAAGAGGAGAAGAGCCAGCUCCUCCUGCAGCCCCCCGUGGGGGCGGUGGCGGCGGCGGCGGCGGCCACCGCCUCUGGCACCUUGGAGGUGGCCAAGGAGAUCCUGCCGGGCAAGGGGGAGCCGGGCUCGGCCGCGGCCGCCGCGGAGCUGGAGGAGAAGGAGAAAGCGGCGGCGGCGGCGGAGGAGAAGAAGGGGGCGGCGGAGGGGGGCAAGGAAGGGGAGAGCGGCAAGGAAGGGGAGAAGAAGAACGGCAAGUACGAGAAGCCCCCGUUCAGCUACAACGCGCUGAUCAUGAUGGCCAUCCGGCAGAGCCCCGAGAAGCGCCUCACCCUCAACGGCAUCUACGAGUUCAUCAUGAAGAACUUCCCCUACUACCGGGAGAACAAGCAGGGCUGGCAGAACUCCAUCCGCCACAACCUCUCCCUCAAUAAGUGCUUCGUCAAGGUGCCCCGCCACUACGACGACCCGGGCAAAGGGAACUACUGGAUGUUGGACCCUUCCAGCGACGACGUCUUCAUCGGGGGAACCACGGGCAAGCUCCGCCGGAGAUCCACCACCUCCCGGGCCAAGCUGGCUUUCAAGCGAGGCGCUCGGCUCACCUCCACCGGACUGACAUUCAUGGAUAGGGCUGGAUCUUUGUAUUGGCCUAUGUCCCCGUUCCUCUCCCUGCACCACCCCCGGGCCAGCAGCACUUUGAGUUACAAUGGGACCACGUCCGCCUACCCCAGCCACCCCAUGCCCUACAGUUCAGUGUUGACUCAAAACUCUUUGGGAAACAACCACUCCUUUUCCACGUCUAAUGGGUUAAGUGUUGAUAGACUAGUCAAUGGAGAGAUACCUUAUGCCACUCAUCACCUCACAGCAGCAGCUCUGGCCGCCUCAGUGCCAUGUGGCUUGUCAGUCCCCUGCUCUGGCACCUAUUCCCUAAACCCUUGCUCUGUAAACCUUCUAGCAGGACAGACAAGUUACUUUUUCCCCCAUGUUCCUCACCCUUCAAUGACUUCUCAAAGCAGCACUUCAAUGACGGCCAGGGCAGCCUCCUCCUCCACGUCUCCACAGGCGCCCUCCACUCUCCCUUGUGAGUCCUUAAGACCUUCUUUGCCAAGUUUUACAACAGGACUUUCCGGGGGACUUUCUGAUUAUUUCACACAUCAGAAUCAGGGGUCUUCUUCAAACCCUUUAAUACAUUAACAUCCAUGGGACCAGACUACCAAAGAUUGGGUUUUAGAAAAUGCACUCAAUGUCCGAAGUAAUUUAAACCAACAACAACAUUGUUUCAGCUUGCAGCACUGCCCGUUCAAAUGAAUCAGAAGGGGACAAAAUUAAUGAUUGCCUUCAGUUUGUGUUGUGUAUAUUUUGAUGUAUGUGGUCACUAACAGGUCACCUUUAUUUUUUUUCUAAAUGUAGUGAAAUGUUAAUACCUAUUGUACUUAUAGGUAAACCUUGCAAAUAUGUAACCUGUGUUGCGCAAAUGCCGCAUAAAUUUGAGUGAUUGUUAAUGUCGUCUUAAAAUUUCUUGAUUGUGAUACUGUGGUCAUAUGCCCGUGUUUGUCACUUACAAAAAUGUUUACUAUGAACACACAGAAAUAAAAAAAUAGGCUAAAUUCAUAUA